AUGGAGGUGAUGGGCAGCCGGCUCCUCAGCCCCAGCGCCUACCCUGCACCCUGGUGGGGACCGCAGCCCGAAGGACCUAGCUCCGCCAAGCGCCGCCGAAUCGAGGAGCCCGCGGGCCCCGAGUCCGGGACUGCACCCAGCCUGCAAGAUCCGGCGGGGCCUCCGGCCGCGGGCACGCUCACCUCCGUGGUGGUCCUGGCUCCGGGCUGUGCUCUGCAGCUGCCCCUGGACGACGUCGACCUGGUGCUGGAGCCCGAGCCAACGUCGGUCCUGCAAGUGUCUCUCGGGGGGCACACCCUACUGCUCGUCCCCCAGGCCCUCUUGGAACUCGGCGCUCUCCAGGGCGCUCCUGCGGAGGACGUCGUCGCCGUCCAUCAGGGAUUCUUCCGCGCAUGUGUCCCAGGGGACGCCGCCCCGAAAGAGGCCUAUAGCGAGGACGCGGACCCCGAGUUCCCGACGCCUUGGGUGGACGCUGCGGCAGGCUCCUUCGCUGGGUUCCGCCCCUACCCGCACAGCCCCAUUAGAGAGCCCUCGCCUCAGGCCGCCACCCCUAGUCCAUUGAGACGCUCGCCCGGUCCCUCUGUCAACCUGGACUUCCACCUUCUGGAGCCCCUCCCCAGCUCACCGCUCCAACCUCUGCCUCUCUCUCCAAGUCCAGGUCCACACGUGCGACCCCAGCGCCCUCCGGGUCCAGCGCGCAAGGCCCGAAGACGCCUGUUCCAGGAAUGA